AUGCUGCGCUAUCUCUUUCGCCGAUCGCGGUCCAUUCGCGUUCCGCUUAAGAAUGGCGUUUUCGACUUGCAGAGGGUAUCGGUCAAGAAGCAGUCAAAACCUAUAGCUUCUCGUGUCCUUACUACAUUCCUCAUUAGUUAUUGCGUACUGAAUACGAUCCGCUAUGUCGUGCCACAAAAAGAUAGCCAAGGAAAGCCAGGGCCUGUGUCCGAGACUAAGGAUACCAGCGGGGGUUGGCUUGACGGUGCAAGAGAUCAGAGCAAAGUCCAAGAGCAUUCCCAGGCGACCACGUUUGAUUCGAAGCUGCAGCAGCAGGAAGGAUUCCGCGUGUGGCUGCCAUGGAUGCGAGCGAGAGCACCACCGAUGUAUACGCCCGAUGAUCCGGACUGGAAGGAGUACCAAAAAUUACAACAAGAUCAGAAGCUGAUAACUUCCAUCAAACUUCAAGUGGUUCAGAUGGCCUUGGAAACGGCUCUGCCUCGCUAUCGUCUUAACAUGGCUGCGGUGGGUGCUAGCCCUUAUGUUGUCCGGAUGGACCUUGAUGUCGUUCCUCCCAUCUAUCCACCGGAGAUAUAUGAAGUCUCAUGUCUGUGUUUUGAGUCAAACAAAUUGAGCAUCGCCUGGCAAGAACUGUCGCCCGGGGUUGGUAGUAAAGUAUACCACGUCUUCCAUCCAGUACAGGCCGGUAAUGCCUUCUACUAUGGCAUAAGGCAGUUCGUCACAGUCUCUUACGCCAUCACUCGGGCUCGACUCAUCGACUUUUACAAUUUUGUCCAGAAGCCGGCCGCUGACGGUGACAAGGAUGUCGGAGAGAAUACCCCGAACACAAGCGCUCUUUCUGAAUCCGAUAAAUUGGAAUCUAAGCUUUGGAUCAACGGCUUAUCGGAAAAAGACAAGGCGCCUUUUCUGCCGUAUCUGAGUGGGGAGUACAGUGAACAACUCUCCGUGAGAGCCUACAGGGACAUGGUCAAGUCUAUCACCUAUCAACAAGCCAUCGAAUCGGGAGUGGUGGUAUUUCGCGCAAAGAUGAACGCUCUAAGAGCCUUGUCCGGACAACUUCACGUAAGAGAUGGAGUCUCAGUUGAGGGUUCGCUCGUUUGGGUUGGAACUCGAGGUAGGUUUCGUCUGAAUGUAAGGGCCAUUUAUUCUCCUGAACGCGGUUCAAUCGUUGGAAAUGUAUUUCUGGAACGAGCAUACAUCGUGCCAGAUACCAGCAAGUGGCACAAAAAGAAGCGAAGGCAACGGCAGAAUGAUGUGAUAGUGCAGCCACCAGUUGAGACAGACUCGACACAGACGCCCGUGAAGCCAUUGAAAGACUCCGAAUCGGCACAGCCAGAUUCUUCGACCACGGAAAAGGAUAAAUAA